AUGACUCUGCCUCAGAGCCCGGGAGGUAUGGGGGAGCCCCGGGCAUCCCAGGCCGUGGCGAUGCACAGGCUGGAACACCGCCACGAGGAAGAGCAGAAAGCUGAGCAGCAGCACAGCCUGUGGACGGGCUCCUCCACGCGGAAACGGACCUUCCGCAGCAGUGAGGAAGACUAUCGGUUCAGCGCGGCAGACUACGCCCUCGCAGCAGCCCUGGCUCUGACGGCCUCCUCAGAGACAUCGUGGGAGGCCCAGCUGAGGCGCCAGACCAGCACUGUGCAGCUGGAGGAGCGAGGGCAGAAGCGGGUGGGCUUCGGCAAUGAGUGGGAGAGGACGGAGAUCGCCUUCCUACGGACCCAGUGGCUGCUGCGCCAGAGGCGAGACCGGAAGGCGCUGAGAUGUCGGACAGAGAAGAACGUCCGGGAGGCCAAGGAGCUGAGGGAGCUGUGCUCCGGACGCGGACCCUGGUUCUGGAUCCCGCUGCGCUCCCACGCCGUCUGGGAGCACACCACGGUCCUACUGACCUGCACCGUCCAGGCCUCGCCUCCACCCCAGGUCACCUGGUACAAAAAUGACAUGCGAAUUGAUCUCCGCCUCUUCCCUGCCGGAAAGUACCGAAUCACCAAUAACUAUGGACUGCUGACACUGGAGAUUAGGAGAUGCACCACUGAGGACGCAGCCACCUACACAGUGAUGGUCAAGAACGCCUACGGCCAGGCCUCCUCCUUUGCCAAAGUCCUUGUCCGCACUUACCUGGGGAAGGAUGCUGGCUUCGAUUCGGAGAUCUUUAAAAGACUGAUGUUUGGCCCCAACGUGGAAUUCACAUCGGUGCUGAAACCAGUCUUUGCCCGUGAGAAGGAAUCCUUCUCCCUGUCCUGCCUAUUUUCUGAAGAUGUAUUAGACGCCGAGCAGAACAUCCAGUGGCUCCGAGAUGGGAGGCUGCUGAAGUCCUCCAGCCGCCGGCAGAUCCUCUAUGCAGACCGCCAGGCGUCCCUGAAGGUGUCCUGCGCCUACAAGGAGGACGAGGGUCUCUACACGGUCCAGGUGCCCUCGCCCUUUGGGCUCCGGGAACAGAGCGCCUAUGUGUUUGUGAGAGAUGCUGCAGCCGAGAAGCCCAGGGCGCCAGGAUCCCCCCUGGAUGUUCGAUGCCUGAACGUGAACAGGGACUGCCUCAUCCUGACGUGGACCCCGCCCAGCGACACCCGUGGCAACCCCAUCACCAGCUACUCCAUUGAGCUGUGCCAGGGCGAGUCCGACCAAUGGGUGCCCUGCCACCAGGCCCCCGGCGGGACAUGUCGGUGCCCAAUCCAAGGCCUCGUCGAAGGCCAGAGCUAUCGGUUCCGGGUGAGAGCCAUCAGCAGAGCGGGCAGCAGCAUCCCCUCCAAGGCUUCAGAACCGGUUGCCAUGGGAGACCCUGAGGAAGCCCGGAAGAAGACAGAGAUCCCCUUUGAUACAGGAAAAACGAUCACGGUCAGCACAGAUGAUUCUGAAGACUUUGUGACCAUCCCCUCGCCCCCGACCAAUGUCCACGCCAGCGAGAUCCACGAGGCCUAUGUAGUUCUGGGCUGGGAGAAGCCAAGACCCCAGGGCAAAGCCCCACUGACGUACUUCCUGGAGAAGUCGGUCAUAGGUAGUGGCACCUGGGAGGCCAUCAACUCAGAAACGCCUGUGAAAUCCCCGAGAUUCGCCCUUUUGGAUCUGGAGAAAGGGAAGUCGUAUGUCUUCAGAGUGCGAGCGAUAAACCAGUACGGCAUGAGCGAUCCCUCGGAGCCCAGCGAGCCCAUCGCCUUGAGGGGGAAGCCAGCCACUCUCCCUCCUCCAACUCAAGUUCAAGCUUUCCGAGACACACAGACCUCUGUCUCCCUGACCUGGGAUCCUGUGAAAGACAGCCCAGAGCUCCUGGGUUAUUAUAUCUACUCCCGGGAGGCAGGAUCAUCUGAGUGGAAAACAGUUAACAACAAACCCAUCCAGGGCAACAGGUUUACAGUUCCCGGACUGAGGACAGGGAAGGAGCAUGAGUUUUGUAUCAGGUCAGUCAGCGAGGCUGGCGUUGGGGAGAGCUCAGCCGCCACCGAACCCAUCAAGGUCAAGCAGGCUCUGGCUACACCAUCUGUUCCAUAUGACUUCGCCCUCCUGAACUGUGGGGAAAAUUAUAUGGUCAUUGGGUGGAAACCCCCUAAGCGGCGUGGAGGGGGCAAGAUCCUGGGUUACUUCCUGGACCAACACGACUCAGAGCAACUGGACUGGCACUCGGUCAACCAGCAGCCCAUCCCCACCCAGAUGUGCAAGGUCAGUGACCUUCAUGAAGGCCACUUCUAUGAGUUCCGUGCCCGGGCAGUAAACUGGGCUGGUGUUGGAGAGCUGUCGGCACCCAGCAGCCUGUUUGAGUGCAAAAAGUGGACGAUGCCUCAGCCAGGACCCCCGUAUGGCGUGCGGGCGUUUGAAGUGCGGGCCACCUCCCUGAUGCUGACAUGGGAGCCCCCACUGUACCAAGGGGCCGGACCAGUCACAGGCUACUGCUUGAGUGUCCAGGAGGAAGGCUCUGAGCAAUGGAAGCCGGUCACUCCAGACCCCAUCUCUGGCACCCACCUGAGGAUUUCUGACUUACAGCCGGGGAAGACCUACGUGUUCCAUGUACAGGCUGUGAAUUCAGCGGGCCCAGGGCAGCCGUCCAUGCCCACGGACCCCAUACUCCUGGAGGACAAGCCAGAUGCUCGGGAGAUCGAGGUUGGUGUGGAUGAUGAGGGCUUUAUCUACAUGGCUUUCGAAGCCCCCGAGGCGCCCGACUCCUCGGAGUUUCAGUGGUCCAAGGACUACAAGGGCCCGCCGGACCCACAGAGGGUCAAGGUCGAGGAGGAAGUUAACAAGUCCAAGAUCAUCCUGAAAGAACCUGGCCUCAAGGAUUUGGGCACCUACUCGGUGGUGGUCGCCGAUGCUGACGAAGAAAUCUCAGCAAGCCACACACUGACGGAGGAAGAGCUGAACAAGCUGAAGGAGUGGAGCCAUGAGAUUAGAAACCCAGUGAUCAAGCUGAUCUCCGGCUGGAACGUUGACAUCCUCGAGCAAGGAGAGGUGCGGCUUUGGCUGGAAGUAGAAAAGUUGUCUCCAGCCGCUGAGCUGCAUCUAAUCUUCAACGAGCAGGAAAUCUUCAGCUCACCGAACCGCAAAAUCAAUUUUGUCCGAGAGAAGGGCUUGGUGGAAGUUAUCAUCCAAAACUUGACUGAGGACGACAAAGGGUCGUAUACUGCUCAGCUCCAAGACGGAAAAGCCAAGAACCAGAUCACCCUGGCUCUGGUGGAUGACGAAUUCGACAAACUUCUAAGGGAGGCAGAUGCUAAGAGAAGAGACUGGAAGAGAAAGCAGGGUCCGUAUUUCGAGGAGCCUUUGCAGUGGAAGGUCACCGAGGACUGCCAAGUGCUGCUGAUGUGCAAGGUGACCAACACCAAGAAAGAAACCCGCUUCCAGUGGUUCUUCCAGAAGAAAGAAUUCCCAGAUGGUCAGUAUGACCCGCAGACUGGAGCAGGGCUUCUCUGCAUGGAAGAACUUUCCAAAGAGGACGAGGGCGUUUAUAGAGCAGAGGUUUCCGAUGAGCGAGGGGAGGACGACACCAUCCUGGAGCUCACAGGUGAAGCCCUGGAUGCCAUCUUCACUGAGCUGGGCAGGAUUGGUGCCCUCUCUGCGACCCCACUGAAAAUCCAGGGGACCGAGGAGGGUAUCCGGCUCUUCAGCAGGGUCAAGUACUACAACAUGAGCUACAUGAAAACCACCUGGUUCCACAAAGAGAAACGCCUGGAGAGUGGUGAUCGGGUGAGGGCUGGCACCACCCUGGAUGAGAUCUGGCUCCACAUCCUGGACCCCAAAGACUCAGACAAAGGCAAAUACACCCUAGAGAUAGCGGCCGGGAAGGAAGUCCGGCAGCUCUCAGCUGAUCUCUCGGGGCAAGCUUUUGAGGAUGCCCUGGCUGAGCACCAGAGACUGAAAGCCUUGGCCAUCAUCGAGAAGAAUCGUGCCAAAGUGGUGAGGGGCCUGCCGGACGUGGCCACGAUCAUGGAAGAUAAGACCCUGUGCCUGACCUGCGUCAUCUCAGGAGAUCCUAUCCCUGAAAUCUCUUGGCUGAAGAAUGACCAGCCCGUCACCUUCCUUGACCGCUACCACAUGGAGGUGAAGGGGUCGGAGGUCACCAUCACCAUCGAGAGGGUCAACAGUGAGGACAGCGGGCGCUACGGUGUCUUCGUCAAGAACAAGUAUGGCUCCGAGACGGGUCAGGUCACCAUCAGCGUGUUCAAGCACAGGGAGGAGGACAAGGUGCUGAAGAUGUGA